AUGGCGGGUGGUUUGGCAGCGCUCGCGGAGGUGUCGCCCGCGAAAGAGAAGAUCGUAUUGGACGAGGCUGAUUGGAACGCGAUUCUCGACGCCAUGCGGCCGUACGAGAACCCGGUGGUGAAGGGCGCGGAUCAAGUAGUGGCGGCCCCCGGCCACGCGCGCGACUUUUCCUUCCGCCGCGACGUGCAAGCAACGUCACUCUUCCGUUCCAUACCAGUGCUCGCACAAGACAUAUACGCGCGCUUCCCCGGGAAGGUGGUGUACCGCCGUGAGCGUAACGGGGUGGAGGCAGCAGCGAAAGAGCUCUACGCGGCUGUGAAGAACGGCGCCGACGGCAGCAGUGGCAAAGUGGCGGUGGGGCUGGACUGCGAGUGGAAGCCCACGUGGGGGAAAGGCCCGGAGAACCCCUGUGCGCUCUUACAGCUCUGUGCCAACGCGGACGUCUGCUAUCUCUUCCAUCUCAAGUUCACCGGUGUUCCCGAGACUCUCCGUGCAUUGCUCAAGGAUGCGAGUGUGGUCAAGACAGGUGUAGGUGUGACAGAGGACGGCCGCAAGCUGAGGAAAGAUUUCGGUGUUGAGGUGAACGGGCUGGUGGACUGUUCGCCUCUGGCACAGGAGAAGGCAGUGGUGCCGGAUGGAGGGCAAAUGGUGGGGCUCAAGACACUCACCCGCCUUGUGCUGCAGAAAGAGCUCGCCAAGCCAAAGAGAGUUCAGUGCAGCAACUGGGAGGGCUUCCCUCUCACAGACGCGCAGCUCAUCUACGCGUCAACAGACGCGUUUGUGUCGCUGAGAAUCUUCCAGGAACUUGACGCCAUGCCAAGCCCGUGGCAGGGAGGGAUUAACGGGCACGUGUCGGCAGCAGUGGCAGAAUCUGCGGUGGCUGUGUCGGUGGCAGCUGCUGCAGCAGCAGCAGCAGCAGGAGAAAGAGAAGAGGAUGACAAAAAGGAGAGGCAGGAGAAGACGAAUAAAGAGACAGUAGGAAAGCAGAAGGGGAAGGAGAGGGAGGAAAAGAAGGGGAAGGAGGGGGAGGAAAAGAAGGGGAACGAGGGGAAGAAGAGCGCGAAUGGGAAGGAGGGGCAAGCAGAUGUGGAAGCAAAGACGAGGAAGAAGAGCAAGAGGAAGCAGGAGGCACCCGAGGAGGGCAAGAGCGCAGCAAGAGCAGAUGCUGGUGAAAGCAAAGCAGCAGAGGCAGACGGACCGAGAAAGAAGAGAAGAAAGCAAGGGAGCGCAGGGGAAGGCAAGGGUGAUGGUGCGAGCAGCGGCAGCAAGGUGGCGAGCUUGAAAGAGGCUGCUGCAGACACAGCGAGCAGGUGGAUGGAGCUGAUUAAGAAGGCCACCACAAGACAAAAAUAG